AUGGAAUCUGCAAAGGAUGAAAAGCUUGACAAGAUUGAGAUAGAUCUAAUUAGUGAUACUGAAGAGCAGUAUACUAUAAUUGAUGAUGAGAUAGGGCUAGACGAGAUAGGCGAGGCAGAUGAAGUACGGGUCUCAGGACGGAAGCGCAAGAGUCGAGAUGACGAUAUCUUUGAGUAUCAUUAG